AUGGCUCUUGAGGAGCUGGGCAUUGUCCUAGCAAUGCUGGGUCUGGCUGGGACCGUGAUGAUCUGCGCCCUGCCCAUGUGGAAGGUAACGGCCUUCAUCGGAACCCGCCUGGUGGUCAUGCAGGUGUUUUGGGAGGGUCUGUGGAUGACAUGCGUCAGCGAGUACACGGGACAGAUGCAGUGCAAGCUCUACGACGCCUUGCUAGACCUGUCCCCCGAGCUGCAGGCGGCUCGUGGAUUGGUCUGCGUCGGCAUGGUUCUCGGGUGCUUAGGCUUUCUGGUUUUCCUCGUGGGCGCACGGUGUACCAAGUGCCUGAACCACCCGCGCAUCAAGGCACGAGUGGUUGUCGUUUCCGGACUCAUCUUUGGACUAGCGGGCCUCGCACCCAUGGUGGCCGUGUCUUGGACGGCUAACAGCGUGAUCAAAGACUUUUACAACCCACGCGUCCCUGAAGGGCUUAAACGGGAAAUGGGGGCGGCCAUUUAUAUCGGCUUCAUUGCAUCGGCGUUGCUACUCUGCGGAGGAGGUUUUCUGUGUGCAAGUGGGCCACCGUCCAGGGGUGCAAUCCGUUCCAAUGCGUACGCCCCAGCGGGGACGCGUGCUGACAACAGCUAUGGUAUCAAAAACUAUGUUUAG